AUGUUUGUAGAUAUGGAAGAUGCGCAUACACACUUGCUGUCAUUGCCGGAUGAUCCACGAUGUGCUUUUUUCGCUGUGUAUGACGGUCACGGUGGUCCCAAAGCAUCGCAAUUCGCUGGAAUCAAUCUUCACAAGCAAAUACUGCAACAAGAGGAUUACGCUCAAGGAAAUCUCCCAGAAGCGUUACGAAAAGGUUUUCUGGCUCUCGAUGAGCAAAUGCGUUCUGAUGACGAAAUGCGAGACGACGUCUCUGGCGCCACUGCAGUUGUAGUUUUGAUUAAAGAUGAUGUUAUUCACUGUGCAAACGUAGGCGAUUCUAGAGCAGUAGUAUCUGUAUGUGGUGAAGCACGUCCACUGUCAUUCGAUCACAAGCCUGCUAAUGAAAAAGAGAUUUGCGAAGAAUUGCUCACGCGAUGUCUCGCACCCGAUUCACAAAUGGGAGGUGUAGGAUGUGAUAAUAUGACGGUAGUCAUUGUUGGACUGCUGCAAAAACAAGGUCCAGAGCAUCUCGUUAGUAAGUGUGCGCGGCCAUCUCGUGUUGAUCAAUUCAAGCGCGACGACGUAACUACUGGUGAUGAUGUACGGCAAUCGGCUGUCAAGGAGAAGUCGCCUGGAAGUGAGGUUGAGGAAGAAGAAGAGGCUCCGCCAGCAGAAUUCACUGCUUGA